CCGCACUCAAUUUCAUUCCAUCGGAGCUUCCACUGCUUAAAGGACCAAUCCCGAGAACAAGGAGAAAGGAACCUCCUCUCCACUCCUCUACCCCUUCGCUAUCUCAGAACCGAUACUGGAGCAACACUUCUUUUUUGUGUGAUGUCCCGCAGUCGCUUCCCAGUCGGGCGGCACUUGUGUCUUAUCGGCCGUAUUGAACAACUGACAUGCUCCGCGACUGGAGAACGCGCCGAUAUAUCGGCACUUCAGCACCCAUCUCCUAUAUAGGGUUCUGUGAGAUAUGCUGCUACCUCUUCGCUCCGUGGCCUCUCUGGCCCUCAAUAUCCGCGUUUCAAAUACAUCUGGAUAUUUUGACGGAGUAACAGCCCCGCGCCCCGAGCCUCUACGCGGUUACAGAGGUUUAGGGGAGUCUUAAAACUGUCGGAUAUUUUUGGAGUGGUUGAGUUCGCUUCACCCGAUACGCUUCUUUCAUCAUCCUAUCUGCUUAACGUUUCGAUGACCGCCACUAGCGUCCACGAUAUCCUUGGGGGCGCAUUCUCCGGUCAGCUGCUCGCUGCUGUCUUCUUCGGCAUUAUCACAAUACAAGUCCGCACCUACUUCUCUGCCUUCCCAAAGGACUCUCUAUAUAUCAAGCUUGCAGUCUCCUUUUUGUGGGUCAUUCAAGGUCUCCUGGUUGCAUGCACGACGCAGGCUCUUUAUUGGUACCUUGUGGUUGCUUCGACUGAGAAGAACGUCCUUCCGUUCGUUACCUGGGAAAUGGCAAUGCAUCAAACUAUGACGGUUGUCUCUUCGACAGCUGUUCAAUCAUUUUUCGCAUACCGCGUGUAUGCUUUGAGCACAAGCCGUAUAUUGGGGUGCCUAGUUGAAUUGUUAUCUCUCGCGCAAUUCGGCCUUGGGAUAUCAUCUGCCUAUCGUGCAUACCAUCUUGCGAAUUUUUCCACGAUUCCACAGCAGGAACGAUGGUUGAUCGGAUCAUGGCUCCUUAUGGAGGUGAUUUGUGAUGUCACACUUGCCGUUUCGAUGACCAUCCUGUUACGCCGGCAGAGAACUGGUUUUAAACAAACCGACAACAUCUUAAACAAGUUGAUUGUUUAUUCAAUCAAUACUGGAACAGUCACAGGUGUAAUAGCUAUUGUCAUUUGCGUCGCUUUUGCAAUUAAUGGCUUCGGUUUUGUCGUUCUCUUGUUGGGGAUACCAUUCGGUGCUGUAUACAAUUUCACUAUGCUUGCCAACCUGCACUAUAGAACGCAACUCCGUCAACAUUUAUGUCCCGCACACAUGCGGAACACUGGUACUGGGCCGAACUGCCUGGGUGUCAAAGUUACCGUCGACAAGACUGUAGAACCAUCACCGUCCCGACAUGCCCUCGACUCCAGAUCCAGAUCCUUAAGUCGGAAGGGCUCUCCUGCAUCACCUCCCUGAAGUAGUUCUGGAAAACAUUGGGAUGAUUCAUGAUGAUACGCGCCUCAUUCAACCUGAAUUGGAGGAUUUGUUCGCUCCUACAAAACGAUUAUCGAAGAUAGAUCAUGAUCAAGGCAAUAGAAACCGUUGAUAUUGGUGUCCUGGAUACAAUCACGGCCAGAAACACAUACGCUCGUGCCUAAAGAGAAUACCUAUCGCUGACUACGAUGCGGAUCCAUUGGCACAGUGGAUGGAGAAGCAACUCAUUCCCCCCAAUAUUCACCAUCGCGGACGCUGAUUUUCGAAUGAAAUCGGCUAGAUUGUAACAUAAACACUCGUUGGCCUUCAUGUCCAAUUUGAUUGUGUUGGUGCCCUUUUCCACCUAGCACUAGGUUCCAUCCGCCGUACCGCAUUUAUGCAUCAUGUGCGGUUCCGCCGAUUCCACACCUCUACUCAGUGACUGAUAAGGGAGUUGAGGUUCGAUGACCGGAUAAAUGACCGGGUGGAUUGAGCGCACA